AUGACAGAAAAUUCAAAAAUUGAUCGGUUUGUUAUGGUAGGAGAAAUAAUUGUUGAAUCUGAACCAAAUUAUAAAGCUGGUGCUGGUACAUAUUUUUCGAAUGGUUUUAUUAGAAGUUCUAUAAUGGGGAAUGUUUAUACAGAUAUUGUUGAAGAUAAGACAAAUCCCGGUAAAUCAGAGUAUGUUUAUUCAGUUAAAGAGCCAAAUCUCCCGCCAGAAAUGGCAUCACUUGCAGAAGAUCCUAAAAUAGGUGAUAUGAUUACUGGAAAAGUAACAUAUAUAUCUCAAACUUUUGCUCGUGUACAUAUUCUUUGUGUUAAUAAUUUAGUAUUAAAAGCUCCUUUAAUGGGAAUAAUUAGAAAGGAACAUUUAGGAAAACGUGAUUCUAAAUUAGAAUCUUUACCUAGUUGUAUUCAACCAGGUGAUAUAAUAAUUGCUCAAAUAUUGCAAUUAGCUAAUAUUGGAAGUAAUAAUAGUCCAUAUAUACUUAGUAUGAUGGAAGAUACAUGUGGUGUGUUAGAAGCAAUUGGAAGAGAUGGUUGCUCAAGUUCCUUUAUUGUGAAAUUUACAAAAAAAAUUUAUUAUUAUAUAAUGGAAGAGGAUCAACAAAAAAAUGAAUCAUCUGUAAUUGAGGGAAAAGAAGAUAUGUUACCUCCUUCUAAAAGGGCUAAGAGAUCAGCAGCACUUAAAUCAGAAAAUACAUGGAAGAAUAUUAUACAUGAUGAUGAUAAUUUACCUGCUGAUGAUUCAAUAAAUGAAACAUUACGUAAGAGAAACAAAGUUGAUGAUAAAGAAAUAAAAAAAGAAAUUGAACAAAAGCAAACCAAUACUUCUGUUACAAAAACUGCUCGACGUAGGUCUACAAAAACUAAAGGUAGACAAAAAAAAAUUGAUGAAUCGGUUGGUGUUUUUGAUACUGAUACUAUUAAAGAAAAUUCUGCAUCAAAUAAUAAUGAUGAAAUGAAACAUAAUAUUCAAGAAAAAUUAUCUAGUUCAUGUGAUAACUUUAGUCCUGUUAAUUCACUUAAAACUGUUGAUGAUAAACUUUCUAUACCAAUAAAAAGAAAAGGUCGUGGUGUCGCUUCUAAAACUUCUAAAAUUCCAAGUGUCCUUGUUGUUAAACCUCCAUCAAAAAAUAGAGAUAUUACCAGUGAGAUGGCAUUUGAUUCUGGACAAAAUAAGACUUUCAAUAUAACACCAGAUAUGAAACAAAAUUUAUCAACGACACCUAAUAAUCGUCAUAUUAUUACAGUUACAAAUUCUAAUUUCUCAGUAAUUAAUGCAACACAAAAUGGUAUUUCAAAUUAUGCUUUAAAAAAUAAGAUAUCUCAAAUUAUAAAUAAACAUGGAACAAAAAUUUUAAAUGGUCAAACUCUUUUUGAAGCUAACAAGGUUCUUGAUGAAAUGUGUUCUACUAUUGAACAUUUAAUAGAAGAAAAUAAGGCAAAUAUUGCAAAUGCCGAAAAAAUGGAAAAAAAUUUUAAAACAACUAUUCAAAUAAAGGAUACAAAAAUUAAUAGUUUGGUUCGGAGAAUUAGUAUUUUGGAGGCUGAAAUUGCUAGAGUAAAUAGGCGAAAACAAUUAGAUGUUAUUGAGAAUUUAUCAAUGUAUAAUAACAGUGUAAAUGAAAUUGGUGAGAGUAACGUUCCUGUUAAUUCUCAUGUAGUUAAUAAUGAUUUUUCUAUUCCUUCAUUACAUAAUAACACUCAAGGAAUAUCUAAUUCGAUAUCAGAUUUCACUUCUUCUUAUAAUAUGGAUGAUAGUCUCUUAACUGAUAGACACAUGAUGAGUAAUAAUAAUGAUAGUUUUGUACUUUCAAAACCACCACAACGUCAUGGAUCAAGAGUAUCUGGACAAGAUUUACCUUAUUAUAAUUCUACUGGAGCUUCAUAUCAAGGAAAUACUUAUAAUACUGGAUAUGGAAUUAACACUUUAGAGAUUGAACGUGAUAUUAUUCCAUUACCUACCAAUUCUCUUGGUAUGAAUAAUGUUCAACAAGGAAUCCGUUCAGAAAGAAGUGUUGUUGAAAAAAAUGGUAUAACAUAUCAGGAUCUUUAA